AUGGCUUCCCAAGUCAUCGCGUCUGCGUCGACCUCAGUGUCAGCGGCUUCGUCUUCCUCGAGCUCGAAGACGACGCGAUCCCUCAACAUCCUGACCAUUCCCAUCGAGACACAGCAGGCCAUUUUCAGUCACUGCUCCAAAGCCGAUCUCGUCACACUCUCUGUCGUGUCGAAGCGCUUCCACGAGCUCGCCGCCGCUGAGCUCUACCGAUCAUUCGAAGUUACUCUUCCGAGCGAAAACCAUCCGCGAUUCCGCGAGCCUCGGUUGCCAUUGACCGGUGCUCUUGAUACCUUGACCACAAGCGACUAUCAUUAUGCUCGAUUUCUAAGGCGCUUUGUCAUUGAUACCCAGGCCAUCGGAGAUAAGGCGAGGUCUGCCUGCCAACAGUUUUCUUACUCGACCAGCGGAGGGAGACUUCUCAAUACCCUCCUACACCUAGCGCUUCGCGACGCGCACUCUUUGGAAACGUUCAAGUGGAACCUCCGUGUCGAACUCAGCCGACCUGUUUUCAAAACUCUCCAUCAACUCCCAGCGUUGCAGGAUCUUCAUAUUCGACUGCAAGGUGGCCCCUCUCUUUAUGAGCCCCCGCGGCCCCUACCCCUCGCAAACGUCGAUACAUACCAGCUCGCGCCUCCACCACCCCCGCCCCCUCCUCAUCCCCACCCCCAGAACCCACCUACUACAAUUACGUGGGCUGCGCCCAUUGGGGGUGUGAACAAUAUGAACAAUCCACCUCCACCCAACCAAGGCGGCCUCUUCAACGGGUUUGGGCCAUUUACACUCCCUCAAUACGUCCCUCCCCCUUCCCAGUUCGUUCCAGCGAUCCCCCCGCCUCCCCUAACCUUCACCAAGCCCAAAAACCAGAGGAACAGCUCCAGCGACCCCCCAACCUUGUCGGCUUUCAGAAAUUUGAAGCGCCUUGCCAUCCUGGAUAUUGAUUCUCUCGACAUAAUUCCCGAGAUUAGAGCCGCGAUAGAAAAUUCCGAGACCACGCUCACUCAUGUCAGUUUCUCGUUUUCGGCCUUUCUGGCCAAAAAGGCCAGGGAGACGAGCCAAGAGCCCGACUCCGACGCAUCUGAGAUGGAUGAUGAGUUCCAAGCUGCUGAGAACAGUACCUCGUUCGACGCUAGUGGGCCUGUGAGGCCUGCCCGCGCCCAAAAGGAGUGGAAGAUCCAGGAGACGGUAUUGGCCCGUCUGUUUGGCCUUACCAAAGCCCACGGUCAGCGUCACGCCGGAAAGGGAUUGGAUUCUAUUGCGAGCAACGGUUUGGUCGACGACAGCAGUGAACCUACGGAGAAUGGAGGCAAAAAUGAGGAGGGAGUAACCAGUGGACAAUUGAACAAGCUCGUCAUUACUCUAAAGGCCGCCUCACGAAUGGUUCUCGAUGCUCAGGAGACACAGUUCCUAGCCCAGCAUCAUCAGGACAUCCUCGACGCCAUUGGGAAGGCAGUGAGCGACUAUGUCGAGUCGGAUGCGUUGAAAACCACGCCCGAGGGAGGAGCCUCAGGCUCCGGUUCAGCAUCGGGCUCGGGCUCGGGCUCAGGCUCUGGAUCCGCUUCUGCAUCCAAAGAAGCACAGAACGAUGGUCAGAGUUCUGUGGCGGAACCCAUGUCCGGCGCUAACCAAGGAGAACCCGAUUUGGGUCCACCAAAAGCCAGCAAUCCCGAGGAGUUGGAUGACAUUGACAUUGCUGACUCGGGAGAGGUGGAAUCCCUCGGAGGCGACGAUGACGAGGAUGACGCCGACCCCGCCACCCUGGGAGAAGCGGGAGAAGCAGAAACGGCGGCUGCUGAGACCUCUUGCCUGUCCUCUCCGUCUGCUAAGCAAUCAGACGGGGCGUCCCUGCAGGCAGAGGUGGAUACUGAUGCGACUAGGCCGCCUUCGGCUGCCGAACGAAGCGAGGCGGAGAAGAAGUGCCUUAUAAGCUCUUAUGUUAAGUCCACCAGAGGUCUCGGUCUCCAGUCGCUGGCCAUUCACCUUAUACCCGUGAAGCCCUCCGUUAUCAGUCAGGCACUGGACGUCCACGUCCUCCGCCGCCUCACCCUCCUGAACGUUGGCAAUCAGGCGCCAAUCUGGACUCUACUCUCCAAAGAGAACCAGGUCAAGUCUCUCGCUCUGAGGGAGGUCUUCACCGAUCACGUAUCCACUGCGUUUAUUAAGUGCAUCGAGCAGUUGGACGAGCUUCAUAACUUGUUUAUGUUGGAGCGAUCAAGCAAGUACCGGCCUGCGACCUUUGUGAACAAGACCAACGUUUCUCUCGGCAUGAUACGGAAACGGGUGCUCCGGAGGCAUCUGCCCACUCUCAAACGCUUGAUGAUCCGGAACGACAAUAAAUCAUCCUGGGAUAUCGACUCGUUCACGGUCCUUUUGUUCUGCCAAUACGCUAGGCGGCUCGAGGAGCUCUCCGCAGGAUUUACAAUGCGCAGCCUGCAUGUCCUUCUGCAGCACUUUGCGCGCCUAAGGCACCUGAGAGCCUUGCAUAUUUCCCCGUUCCGUAACGAUGACACGUGUGUCUGGGCUAUCCAAGAAACUACGCGCUUCUUUACCGACUCACUCGCUCAACACCCGUUCGUUGCGCUCGAGUGGCUCGCCGUUGAGAAUCGCCUGACGCAUAUCACGAGGAACCCCAAGCCUUCGUUUUUAAAGAAACGAAGCGACACGGUAGACAAGAAGGGUAAAGGAAAGGCUGUCAGCGUCAGCGACUCGACAACUGAGGGCGGCUGGACUAGCGAUUCCAGCACGUCCUCCAGCAGUACCUAUACGCAUUCCGACAAUGACAGCAUCUAUACCCCCCUUAGCGAAGCGGCACUCAAACUCAGGACGAGGAAUUUCAUGAUGGACUGCGUGGCGGGCGUGAAGAUCUUCGAGAAGGAGAUUAGAGCUGGUGAGCUCUAA